AUGGGCUGUCGCUGUUUGUCAAAGCCUGUAUGUGGAUGAUGGACGCAGUUAGCUCGUGAGCUAGUCUUCAAAUUCACUGAAAGGUGGCCAUAAAAAUAUUUAAACGUGGACUUUCGCUGAGGUCUUAGGUCUUUGGUUUGUACGUGUGAAGGUGUUGCUGAAAUAGUCAGAACACACACGAAACCAGGUCAAUAAAAGCUGGUUCUGGAAACUGAUGUUUGACAUGCGUGACUGCAGCAGAAUGACCGACGACUUUGAGAGACAGGAUGCCCGCUCCAGCGGGGAGCUCUGGACCGAGAUCUGCUCCAGUCUGCCCGAGGCUGCUCCGGAGAACAACACCGCGUUCAGAGACUCGUUCCAGCCGACAGAACAAGUGGAAGUGGUGGUCAGUGGUCACAAUAACGGCACAGACAUCAGUUCUUCCAGUGCCAAUAAGUGGGAGCCCAUGGAGGACUCUGAGAUCUACAUAGCCGGUUUAGAGAACCGUCUGAAGAAGUUAAAAGGCCAGACCAGUGACGUCACGUCCAGGGACAUGUUGCGCUCAUUGUCUCAGGCUAAAAAAGAAUGCUGGGAUAGAUUCCUGCACGAUGCCCAGACCUCGGAACUUUUUCAAGGAGGAGACAUGGAUGACAGUGCCCUGGAACAUUUCAAGAGGUGGUUGAUACCUGAGAAGGUGGCCAUCAGUGCAGAGGAGCUGGAAUAUCUACUGAGGCCAUCCCAGAAUAAAGACCUAUUGGAACCAAACCAGUCACAAAAUGAAGAGGACACAGACGGAGAGAAACAGGACCCCGAGGACCAGGACACUCACAGUCCUGAGAAAUAGGUGUGUGUUAAAAAGACUGAAGGACUCAUUUUAAGUGGAUUCAGUAUGUGUGAGUUUGUAGCCUCUGCAUCCAUUCUGACUUGUGUUCUAUCUUAUUCCUGUUGUGGCCAAAGCUUUUGUUAUCAGCGGUGAAAGAAGGUAAUUACGGCCCCUUUUUUUUUUUUUUGGUUUCCCCAGCAACCGAGUGUUACACACAAGUCAUCCCUUCAACCACAAAUCUAAAUGUAAGGGUUUGAAUGUCGACUUUUCUUUUGUCUUCCUAAUUUCAGAAUUAGCAUCUCGUCUGUGUUGUGAUUCAUAAUUAAUUAGUUAAUCAGAUUUACAAGAUAUGGCACAAGCAAUGAAUAUUUUAGAGAGGCGUUGUUUUGUGUCACCUGAAGUAGUGUAAUCCUGAAUAUAUUGUACCAUACUGUGUAACAUCGUUUAUUUUUCACAUGUAGAUUUCCAAAAAAAAUGUUUUAACCCAGUUGCAAUAAAAACAACUAUUCUAUGUUCACUGUUAUGUUUGGUUAAAUAGCAGAGGCUCUUUGUGCUUCGUUAGGUUCAAGUUCAGAUUUGCACAAUAAAACGGGUAACUGGUUUUAA